AUGUCAACGAUCGUCUCUCCACUCUCCCUCCUCCGCCGCGCUUCUGACUCUCCCAUCACUACGCCCCAAACCUGCGCCCCAUAUCAGCUCGUCCCCCCUAUCACCGUCGCCCCCCAUUUCCCCGUCGAUCCUGAUCAAGCUCCACCCUACUCACUUCCGUUCAAUACUGCUGCCGUUGUACGUGAUAGACCACGGUCCUUUGCACUUACCUCUCGUUCCAUCCGCUCUUCUGACUUUCCUAUCCCGGCUCGCACGCCACGGACGUUCGAACGUAAGUAUCUAGCCCUGCUGCGCACACACCACCCUGCACUCCUCGCCCACGUCGAACUCGUCGUAUUAUACUUCUUCCCCUUCGUCCAUGCCUCGCCUCGCCGCGCCCACGGGCUACGCUCCCCCCUUACUCGUCGGGCCCCGUCACAUUCCCCAUCUUUCAUUCCUCAUUCUCCGUCGCUACACCGCUGCCAGCUCUCGCCGCAGCUCGUAAUACGGAUUAUCUCCGGCAGUCAGGAGCGAUCUCUCGACAACUCACCCUCAACUACGCCGCGUUCACCUCCAUGCUCAUCUCCGUACCUCUGA